AUGAAUAAAACAUUUAAUGAAAAUAAUAUUCUUAGUUCAGAUGCUAUGACUAUUUCUUUAAAUACAUAUUUAGAUAAUGAUUAUAAGAAAUUGAUUACAACAGAACAAUUAAAUAAAUUGACAACAAUAUUCAAUCAUUCACCGUUAGAAAAUCAUUCUAUUAUUAAUAGACCUAUAUGUGAUAAAGCUUAUGAACAUAAGACUUAUGAUACAAUAGAUUUGGAUAAUGUUAUGAAAAUAUUUCAAGAGCAAUACUUUAAUCAAUUUACAAAUAACAAUACUUGGAUAUUAUCAAUAAUAAAUGAAAUGAAAAAUAAUUCAGUUAAUAACCAUCAAUUAGAAACUUGUCAAAGUAUAUUAAAUCAUAUAAGUUUAGAACAAGUUCAAACAGGUGAACGAGGAGACAUCUGUUUAUCAGAUCAUUUAAAAUUAAACUUACAGAAGAAUCUAACAAACAAUUGUAAUAACACUAAAGACUUAUCAACAAAUUUCGUAACAAAUUUAUACACAAAAUUAAAUUCUAAACCAAUAAAGCAUAAAAAUAAAACAAAAGAAAUUUUAUACAAAUUCAAUGAAAUGACUUCGGAUAAAAGAAUGAAACAGAAGGAAGAAGAAGAAGUAGUAGUAGAAGUAGAAAAACAAUCCUGUCAAACAUCGCUAUUAAAUAAUGAAUUACAACAUUCAGAACAUUAUAAUUAUCAAGUAAAGAAUAAUAUUAAUAAUAAUAUUGAGAGUGAUGGAUAUGUUGGAGGAAAUAAGAUUGUUUCUGAUAAAUUGUGUAAUGAAAAGAUUAAUGUUUCCAUAUCUGGAACUCAAUCAAACAUUUAUGUAAAUGACAUAGAUGAUAGUGAUAAUCAGUAUGAUAAUGAUGAUGAGGUGGAGGAUACCGAUGAUGAUGAUGAUGAUGAAGAAGAAGAAGAAGAGGAUGAAAAUGAUAGUAAUGAAAAUGACGGUAAUAAACGCCGACGGCGAACACGAACUAAUUUUUCAGGACAACAGUUGACUGAAUUAGAAUUAGUCUUCCGUGUUAGUCAUUAUCCAAGUAUGAUUGUGCGAGAAGAGUUGGCACAACGUUUAGGUUUACCAGAAUCCCGUAUUCAAGUUUGGUUUCAAAAUAGAAGGGCUAAAUGGCGCAAACGAGAACAUACACGGAAAGGACCUGGAAGGCCAGCUCAUAAUGCUCAACUUCUUACAUGUUCAGGUGAACCAAUCGAUCCAAAUGAAUUGCUUAAACGGGAAGCAAGUCGCCUGGAAACAAGAAGACGAAAAAUGAUGGAGAAACGAAUACAAUCUCUAAAAAAGAAGCAAACAGUAGUUAGACAAAAUCAUACCUCUAAACUUGUUUCAUCUAAAACAACGCAGAAAAAUCCCAAAUCCUUAAAUUUUCAGCACAAUGAUUGCGAAAAUUCCAUCUCAAAUAAUAAGCUACAAUUGGAUUUAACACCAUCUACAAAAUAUAUCGAAGAAUUCAAGCAAAAUCUAAUAUUUCCAAACAUCACUACUUCAGAAAAUUGCUUGAAUUUAUCUUCUGAAUUUCAAUCCCUUUACAGACAUUCCAAUAUAAGAUCUAAUAAUAGUAUCCCUGUACAUCUUCAUUCAAUUUGGUCUAACAUACAAUCUAACUAUUCAACAGAAGAUGCUAACUUGUGGAACAGUCAACUUCAAACUGAUAAUUCGAUUACCAAUCACUGUGCAAAUUUUUCAAGACAAUCUCUUAUUCACCAAAAUAUUAAUAAAAUCCAAAAAACCCAAAACAAAACCUUAAACAGUUGCUUUAAUAAUAAUACUACUACUACUAAUAAUAAUAAUAACAUAAAUUUAAGUAAAUCUACUGAUUCACCUUUCAGUAUUGAAUGUAUUUUAUCAUCAACAUCAUCACUAUCCCAUUAG